AUGGACCGGUUCCACAUUUACGAGUCCAUCGGGAAAGGUAAACACUCGGUGGUGUAUAAAGGUCGCGAGAAGAAAUCGAUUCAGUACUACGCGGUGAAAUCGGUGGAAAAGUCGCAACGUCAGAGAGUUUUGCAAGAAGUGCACGCGUUGAGAGCGAUUAAACACGAACGGGCGUUGAAAUUCGUCGCGUGGUACGAGACGAGGAACCAUUUGUGGUUGGUUUUAGAGUAUUGCGUUGGUGGGACGCUGUUGAACGUUUUGAAGCAAGAUGGGAGAUUACCAGAGUCGUCGAUUCGACGAUUCGCGGUGGAUUUGUGCAGAGGUUUGCGAGCGUUACACGGCGCCGGGUUGUUGCAUUGCGACGUGAAACCGAGCAACGCUUUGUUGUCGGAACACGGCAAGGUGAAGUUGUGCGGCUUCGGUCUGAGCAGAAGAGUCGCCUCGAACGUGGCAAUGUUAUCGUCUUCGCAUGGCGGUGGUGAUACAAUGAAUAACAACAGCAGAGCGUCGGUGGCUUCGUCGACAACGACGUCGUCGUCCUCGUAUGGUAACGGUGUGAGUAGUACUUUCACCUCCAGUAGGGGAUCGGGACAUUUGAGUUUAGCCAAACGAGGUUCGCCGGCGUACAUGGCGCCAGAGCUGUUCACUUCCAUUGGCGUGCACUCGUACGCCUCCGACUUGUGGGCGCUCGGGUGCGUGUUGUACGAGUUCGUGGCUGGGUACCCGCCGUUUGCGAGAACCCGUUUGAGCGAACUCGUCGAGGCGGUUUUAGAGGAAGAACCGGAGCCUUUGCCGAGGGAGAGGUGUUCGGAGAGCUUAGAGAGUUUAAUCAUGGGGCUGCUCAUCAAAAGACCACAUCAAAGAAUGACUUGGCAAGACGUCGUCGAGCACGAGUUUUUUCGGCGACCUGCGUUCGUGUCUUCUUCUUCUGCCGGCGCCGGUACUUCUAACGCUACCGCGAACGAACGAGGAGGAAGCGGCGACGUCUCGCUUUCAAUCAAGAAAUUAAUCGAGGAACACAAAAAGAAACCGUUACCGAAAGAAACUGCGUUUGAACAAAUGGCGCAGAAGUUGAAAGCGGAAGAUCUUGCGGCGAGGUUGAAAUCACUCAAUCCAAAAUCGCCCGGUGGUAAUGUUUCGGUUGUUCACGGUGGAUUGUUGACGGCGAGCCUGAGGCAAAGUUGCGAUGUCGGCGGAUUGUCUCGCGCGGCGCGCACAAACUUGGAUCGCGAACGAUCAGCCUUAGGAUAUGGAAAUAAUAAUAAAGGUGGUAGUGGCAACAGUGGUAGUGUAAACAACGUAAAUUCGAACGUAAAUGUCGAUGCGGAGAAGAAUUACUUCGAUUCCGAGAAUAGAAAUAGCGUAGAUGUCGUCAUGGAAACGGCUGAUUUCGAAGUGAACUUUGCGCUGGAGAACUUCAGUCAGAACGACGAAAAUAACAGGAACGUUGCGAACACGAGUCACGAUGAAACGUUCGAAGACGCCAGAGGCGAUAACCAACGCGUGUCGGUGAAUUCAACGACUUCAUCUGUGGCAGAAUACGAAGAAAAGAGAAGAACGGUGCCGAUGAAAGCACCAGGGGUGCAAAGAUUAUGCACGGUGGAUCUACCGUCGACGCCGGCUCGGACGCCGAAGCGAAACGAGCGCGAAGAUGGUAACAGCGGCGGUAGUAGCUCGGACGAAGACGACGAUAACGUCGAGUAUCACGAAGUAGACGGGGUGAACGGUGAAGACGACGAUGAAAAUGAUGAUGAAAAUACUAGAAAGAAGAAAGGUUCUGUGAUUAUUUUGAGCCCGGACACGCCAAACGGAAGAAGGAAGAAAUCACUUCUCGAUAAUCGCCGAUCGGCUGGAGGCGAAAGCGCGCUGCUAAAAUCGCCUCCUCGAGGAGGGAACAGAGAACAAAUAGAAAAUGGAGGCCGAGAUAGCCGGACGAUGAUGGCAAAGACGCCGUGGAAACACCGAACGAUGCCGUCCGAUUUAGACGAGACCAUGGACGACGACGAAAACGAAGAGGACGCAAAUGAUGACGACGAUCCGAACGCUUUGGCAAUUGUACCCAAUGGAGAAGAAAACGACGAUGAGAAAGAGUGCGAUGAAUCCGUGUAUUCUAUAAGUACGCUCUCAACGCACGCGUCUGAUUUAGUUGUUCGUCCUAUCGUGAACAACCGCAGAGUUGAACCGAACGGUGCAGCUAUGGAUCCCGUACACGACGCGAAAGCGCUUCCGUUUCCCGCGCUGGAUGUAAAAUCCGUCCUCGGUCUUUCGCGUCCGGAACUCGAGGCUUUUCUGACUGCUGUGUAUCGCUCAGUCGCGGAAAGUUCACCCAUGCGCUCGAAAGUUAACGCGUUGGCGUACUUUGAAACGCUUUGUAGCAACGCCGAAGCGGCGAACGUGCUCGUGAAUUCAAGCUUAGCCUCCAUGUUUGUCGAGGUGCUCGCCCAAUCGAAAGCGCCAACUUUGCGGACGCGUCUCUGCUCGAUAUUGGGACUUCUUUUUCGUCAUGCGACGGAAAUUGGCGACGAGCUGUUAGCAAACGAAAAGACGAAUAUUUGCGAGACGCUCGCGGAAGUAAUCGAUGAUUCAAACGAACGCGCGAAGAGAAAGGCGAUGGCGACGCUCGGAGAAUUGCUGUUUUACGUGGCCACGCAGUCCGAGCGAGAUGUAAGCUUCGAUGACGAUGAAAGUCAAGAAGGAGAAGACGAAGAAGACAAUAAUGGUAAUCUCGCCCCUCGCACGAAAGCUAAGGUCGGUCCAGAGACGGCUGCGGUUAUUUGGGGCGUGAGCGAUAAAGUACUCGCCGCGGUGUGUUCAAAAUUGAACGUGACUGAAGACGCUGUCACCCGACAUUACGCGACCAAGACAAUUGAAAAUAUAGUCACGCCUCGGUGUGACGAUGAUGAUGAUGGUCAUGAAGUUGAUGAUGAUAACAAGGAAGAGAAUGCCGAGAACGAGUGUAAACAUCCAAAAUGGGUCCAGGAUACGUUCUUAACCAACGCAACUCUCGCUAAACUCUUUGAAAUUGCACUCGCCGAUCAAAGAGAGAGCGAAAGCGCGAGAGUUACCGCAUCGUCUGCCGCUGCUCGAUGUCUGGCGUCUUCGCCGCAACUUCUCGUCGAUUUUGCAACGUCCUCAGUUUGCGCGCAUUAUGUCUCUCGGCUCAUUUCCGACGACUCUUCCAAAGUUUCCGGGAACGGUUUGAGGUGUUUAAAUGUCGUCUUGUCGAAUGAAGCUUCGAAGCAUGCGUUUUUAGAGACGCUUCGUGCGAGCUCAUCGACUGCCUCGAACGGGGAUACUGGAGACCUUAAAAACAAUUCGACCGGUGGCAGUGGUGGUGGUUCGGCUUUUUAUGCGGACGAGAAUAUUCUCGCGAAAGAGCUCUCGUUGAUUUCCGAGCGCGGCGCGAAUUCUAUCAAUCGAGGCAAGGCUUUGGUUGCUAUUUCCGCCUUGUGUUCAGCGCACCCUGCUUGGCUCGUGCAUUUUACAAACAAUCGCAUUCUCUACGUGGCUGAAAAAGUUACCUUACACGCCAACAACGACGUGUAUUUGACGAGGUGUGCAGAGUGUUUGUUUCGAACGAUUGCAGACUUAUCACGACGGGCUUCGGACGCGAUAUCUUCCGAAGCGAGGCGGAUCAUCGCAGACGCGAACGAGAAGCUCAGCCUGGAAACCUUCGAUGUCAACGAUGUUCGUCGAACACAUUUCUCGCAAAGUGGUGCCACUGCGCUGUUUCCAGCCCUCGCACACGCGUUAUGCGUUGGAUUUAUGCGAGAUCGCGUCUGUGACGAGGCUUUCUUACGCAAAGUUUCUGUAUUUAUUCAAGCCGCGGCGACGGCGCUGCCUUCCGCGGCGGCGGCCCCUCUCGAGGAGAUGGAUGCGAAUAAUAACGCGAACAACAAAAGUCCAUCGAAAUGGUUUUCAGGAUUUCGUGGUGGCAAUACCGCGAGCAAAGAGCGCAUGUUUCAAGAACUUCUCGACAGAAAGAUUAAAGCAUCUGAAGAAUUUCGACUCGGCGUUUCUUCUCUCUUGGAGACGUUGUCGCGAGACGCGCAAAAAAGUCUUUUACGAUUUCCAAAGGUGACCAUCCGAGAGGUUUUACCUGCACUCGCGAAGUUGUUGCGAGGGUCAGAUUCCCCGGAUGCGAGAUUCUUAGCUCUCAAGUUGACGUGCGAUAGCAUGCUACCACUCUUGGCGCUCCAGCCGGUGGAAAAUAUGGAUGAUGAAAGUGUGCCGGAAGAGACCACUAACGUGCACGACAAAGAAGGCAUCGUUUGCUGUCAAAUUGACGCGGACGAUAAACGAUAUCUCGCCGAGUCGUUGCGAACCGAUUUUCUUCCGUCCUGUCCAGCGCUUUUGAUGGACGAGGACCCCAUUCCACUCUACGCUCUGAAACUUUUAGCCGGUUCUAUAAACAACGGUGGCGCCGAGGAGGAGGAAGAGAACGCCAACGCGCGCGGCGACGAAGCUUUGGAGAAGGCGCUCGCGCAUUUUGCCUCGAAGUUCUUCGCUUUUCUCAGUCUCGAUCACGCGAAUAACAACGCGCACAACGCCCGCUUGUGUUUAUUCUUGUGCCGCUCCAAAAGCUCAAUUCUAUCGACGAGGAAGCUCUUCACAGAGCUGAACGCGUGCGAAAGAGUCGCGGAUGUUCUGGUCUAUUCGAGAGAAAAUCGCGUAGAACCGUUCGUAGAACCGGCUUCGAAGAUGUGCGAGGUCUUGGCGAAGCGGGCGAUGCAAACUUUAGAAGAUACCAGCACUGAAAGCACCGAUGGAGAAGAUCUCAUAGACGCCUCUUUGCGAGCCAUGCGCACGUUUGCCGAGAUAUCUCAGACGUUUCUCGAGUGUACCACGGCGGCGAUUGACGAUGACACCUCGAUUACGUACGCCGAAGCUGCCGCCGAAGCGCUCCGCAUAUCUUGUGCAGUACAUCCAGAUGUUAGCACGCAGAGUUUGCUCGUACUUACAUCGUCGACGUCGUCUUCGAAUGGUGUCCACUCUCCCGGCGCGAUGGCUUUAAGCGGCGUCGGCGAAUCCCAUCCUUUCUGUGAAUCCAUAGAAAGGUUCGCCUCCGACGCGUUCGAAGCACUUCUCGUCGUUCCUCUUCACAACUCCGACUCCGAAAAAACAAAAUCACAAACCGCAGCAGCAUCUUCGCAUACGCGAAAACGUCUCCAAAGCCUUCGCUCGAAAGUCAUCGACGCCGUCGCCAACGCGUUCACCGCCGUCGCCAACGAGGGGUUAACCUUCCACGAAGACUUGUCCAGAGAACAACGGGAACGAGCGAGCAUGGCUUUAGGAAAGUUAAGUUACGUGAACGUUCCCGGUGCCUCGAGAGCGUCGAGGUCGUUCGCCGCCAUCUGUCGCGCCGCGAAUUCCCCUUCUGUGUUUAAUAAAUAG